CCUUUGACAUCUCCCUCAUGACACACUCACACAAUGACUUCUACGCUCCCGGCUCUGAUAUGCUCCUGCUGUCGAGCGACGAUGUCAAAUUCUGCGUCCACCGUUGCAUACUAGCAGCCGCUUCUCCAUUCUUUGAACACAUGUUUGCAUUACCACAGCCUCCUGACGAUCCAACAAACGAAGAACGUCGUCCUGUAAUCCCCGUGUCGGAGCCUAGCUCAACCGUGCACACGCUUCUGCGUUUCGUCUACCCCGUACCUCAUCCUACCACUUCAUCCCUUGACGAGCUCAGCAAUAUUCUCGGAGUCGCAGUCAAAUACGACUUCCUCGGUGUCAUCUCCUCUCUUCGCAAGCAACUUAUCACCCCCGCGUAUCUGAGAGAUGAUCCAGUGCGAGUGUUUGCAAUUGCGAGCCGUUACGAAUUCGAGCAUGAAGCUCAGGUUGCGUCACAACACACGCUCUCGGUCAACAUCCUUGACUGUCCAUUGUCGGAUGACUUCCGGUUCAUCACAGCACACUCUUACCAUCGCCUCCUCGUCUUGCACAAGAAACGUUCAAAGGAAGCCCAAGCGCUCCUGAAGAUUCCAGAAGACGUGAAGUGCUUGCAGUGCUCAGGGCCAUAUUAUGGGGCGUUUGUACCGCCAAAGUGGUGGAAGGAGUUUGAAAGAAUGGCAAAAGUAGACUUGGAAAUACGGCCAACCACAGAUGUUAUCUUCAGCAUGCCAUUCUUUGCACGGGCUGCCGAGGCAUCAGGAUGUGCGCGAUGCGCGAGUAGCAUCCUAGACUCACAUGAAUUCUUGUCAGAUCUCAAGCGACAGAUCGACGAGCUUCCUGCUACUAUAUGAUCAUUCCUCUUCACGACCAUCAUGACUAUCACGAUUCACAACGUUAUCAUUGUCAUAUAACCUAGGACUUCUCGGGGACGUUCUUUACAUGCGCCAUUCUACGUUAAUAUUCCGAGUACUUUACUGCGCAUCACCUAUUGUCAUUGUAUUAUGAAACGAGAUACUCUUUAGAUCUAACCAUGAUUGUAUGCAUAGUUAUACUGAUAGGCUACUCACGUAGUGACCAAAAUUGCGGUCAUUACGGAUAUGAUAUGAAGUUGAUCAAGUGCC